CGGUGGUAGAGGACUCCCGACGUCAAAUCGCAGCUCACAUAGUACUACGUCGAACCAGGGUCAGUCAGUACGAUCGCGGACACCGGUAGACGAGGAAGUCGAAACCAUCGCAGCCAUCGCUCGACGCGUCCAGAUCAAAGUGAAUACUCGCGAGAUACUCGUGUAUAAGUGUCAAGUGUGCGAGGGAGGCCCGUCAUCGAACGACUGGCGAGUUCAUCCCUUUCAGGGCAAAUCAGCUGCAGGUCAAAGCCUACUCACUCACUGUAGACUAUGUCGUUACUAGGGCUCGACGAUCCACUCACAGCGACCGCGUCUGUCAUCACAGGAGUAGCGAUCGUACUGUCACUAAUUAAAUACUACCUGUACCUCACCUGCGGCCACUUUUCCUCGGCUCGAAACAUGGAAGGCAAAACCGUGAUCAUCACAGGUGCCAACUCGGGCAUUGGCAAGGAAACUGCCCGAGAUUUGGCCAAACGGGGCGCCCGCAUCAUCAUGGCCUGCCGGAACAUGGAGACGGCUAAGCAGGCCCAAGAUGAAAUAGUCAAAGAAACGGGUAACCAAAACGUUGUCGUGCUGAAGCUGGACCUCAGCUCGCAAGCGUCGGUCCGCGAGUUUGCGGCGGAGGUCCUGCGCACCGAGCGUAAGCUGGACGUGCUGGUUCACAACGCCGGGUUUGCGGAAACGUUCCGGAAGUCGAAGAGCGUCGAUGGAAUCGAGUUUACGAUGGCCACCAACCACUACGGGCCGUUCCUGCUGACCCAUCUGCUGAUCGAUCUGCUCAAGCGGUCCACCCCGAGCCGGAUCGUUGUGGUGGCGUCCGAGCUGUACCGGUUCGCCUCGGUCAACCUGAGCAAUCUGAAUCCGGUGAACACCAUGCCGGCCUAUCUGUACUACGUGUCAAAGUGUGCCAACAUUAUGUUCACGCGCGAACUGGCCCGCCGGCUUGAGGGUACCUCGGUGACGGCAAACUGUCUGCAUCCGGGCAUGAUCGAUUCCGGCAUCUGGCGGAACGUCCCGUUCCCGCUGACGCUCCCGAUGCGCCUAAUCAAGAGCUUCUUCAAGACCAAUGCCGAGGGAGCGCAAACCUCACUGUAUCUCGCCUGCUCGGAGGAGGUGGAGGGCGUCACCGGCAAGUACUUCAUGGACUGCAAGGAGGCGGGCCUCAGUGCCGGUAUCUGCGAUAUGGAGAGAGCCCGUCAACUCUGGGAAGAAUCGGUCAAAAUCGUCAAUCUAACGAGCAGCGAUCCGAAGAUCUAAUGACGACAUACCAUCAAUGUCCGAGAAUCUCCAAUUGACGGUCGUUGAGUCCCUUUUUUCUCAUUGCAUUCAUUGGUACAGGCAGGAUUGCAAUCGCCGUCAAACUAAUCGUGCAGUUCCGUCCAGAAUCAGUAUCAAUAUUUUUUCGUGGUAGUUGGAUGUUACCGUAUUUUUCUUUUGUUUUAGUGUUUUUAAAGGUUUUAAUAAACAUACGAUAUCCGAUUCA